UCGCGGGGACCAGAGGCAGCUGCAGGCACUGCGGCUCGGAGCAGCGGGGCCGGGACCGGAGCCCUGCGGACAGAAGCCAGAUAGAGAUAGAGAGGAAGCAGAGAAGGUGACCACAGUUUCCUUCAAUGCAGCAGGGACUGGGCUUAAACCUGGGUUGUGCACAUCAUCAAGCAGCACACUACCCAAGUGCUAAAAAUGGCACUUAUGGAACUCACCUCUGCCUGAAAAUUGGAAGCUCAAGGUUUUGCGACAACCAACCCAGAUCCUAGGCUCUGCUUGAAUAAGCUUUCAGUUUCAGUCACUCCAGUCCAACAGUCACUACGCUACCCCCUUUCUCUUCAUGAUGGGCAUUGGUAAGAACACUACAUCCAAAUCCAUGGAGCCUGGAAGUUCAACGGAAGGGAAAUAUGAAGAUGAAGCGAAGCACCCCACUUUCUUUACUCUUCCGGUGGUGAUAAAUGGAGGUGCCACAUCCAGUGGUGAACAAGACAAUGAAGACACUGAACUCAUGGCAAUCUACACGACAGAGAAUGGCAUCGCAGAAAAGAGCUCUCUUGCAGAGACCCUGGACAGCACUGGCAGUCUAGACCCCCAGAGGUCAGACAUGAUUUACACCAUAGAAGAUGUCCCUCCCUGGUACCUGUGCAUAUUUCUGGGCCUGCAGCACUACCUGACAUGCUUCAGUGGCACGAUUGCGGUGCCAUUUCUGUUGGCUGAUGCCAUGUGUGUGGGAUAUGACCAGUGGGCCACCAGCCAGCUCAUCGGGACCAUUUUCUUCUGCGUGGGAAUAACCACUUUGUUGCAGACAACAUUCGGAUGCAGGUUACCCCUGUUUCAGGCCAGUGCUUUUGCAUUUCUGGCCCCUGCUCGAGCCAUCCUGUCUUUAGAUAAAUGGAAAUGUAACACCACAGAUGUUUCAGUUGCCAAUGGAACAGCAGAACUGUUGCACACAGAGCACAUCUGGUAUCCCCGGAUCCGUGAGAUCCAAGGGGCCAUCAUCAUGUCCUCCCUGAUUGAAGUGGUCAUUGGCCUGCUAGGCCUACCUGGGGCUUUGCUGAAAUACAUCGGACCUCUGACCAUUACACCCACUGUGGCCCUCAUUGGUCUUUCUGGUUUCCAAGCAGCAGGAGAGCGAGCUGGGAAGCACUGGGGCAUUGCCAUGCUGACCAUUUUCUUGGUAUUGCUGUUUUCUCAGUAUGCCAGAAAUGUUAAAUUUCCUCUCCCAAUUUAUAAAUCUAAGAAAGGAUGGACUGCAUACAAGUUACAACUUUUCAAAAUGUUCCCUAUCAUCCUCGCCAUCCUUGUGUCCUGGCUGCUCUGCUUUAUCUUCACAGUGACAGAUGUCUUCCCUCCUGAUAGCACAAAGUAUGGCUUCUAUGCUCGGACUGAUGCCAGGCAAGGGGUGCUUCUGGUAGCCCCAUGGUUUAAGGUCCCAUACCCAUUUCAGUGGGGACUGCCCACGGUCUCUGCAGCUGGAGUCAUUGGCAUGCUCAGUGCUGUCGUUGCCAGCAUUAUCGAGUCUAUCGGGGACUACUACGCCUGUGCACGUCUGUCUUGUGCCCCCCCACCUCCCAUCCAUGCAAUAAACAGGGGCAUUUUUGUGGAGGGCCUCUCCUGCGUAUUGGAUGGCAUAUUUGGUACUGGGAAUGGCUCUACUUCAUCCAGUCCCAAUAUUGGAGUUUUGGGAAUUACUAAGGUUGGCAGUCGCCGAGUGAUUCAGUACGGAGCAGCCCUCAUGCUUGGUCUGGGCAUGAUUGGAAAGUUCAGCGCCCUCUUCGCCUCUCUCCCAGAUCCAGUGCUUGGCGCCCUCUUCUGUACUCUCUUCGGAAUGAUCACAGCCGUUGGACUCUCCAACCUGCAGUUCAUUGAUUUGAAUUCUUCCCGGAACCUCUUUGUGCUUGGUUUCUCAAUCUUCUUUGGGCUUGUCCUUCCAAGUUACCUCAGACAGAACCCUCUUGUCACAGGGAUAAGUGGAAUCGACCAGGUGUUGAAUGUUCUUCUCACAACUGCUAUGUUUGUAGGAGGUUGUGUAGCUUUUAUUUUGGAUAACACCAUUCCAGGCACUCCAGAGGAAAGAGGCAUCAGGAAAUGGAAGAAGGGUGUGAGCAAAGGGAGCAAGUCUCUGGAUGGCAUGGAAUCCUAUGAUUUGCCAUUUGGCAUGAACGUUAUUAAAAAAUUCAGAUGCUUCAGCUACUUACCCAUCAGCCCUACCUUUGUGGGCUACACAUGGAAAGGCCUCAGGAAGAGUCGGAGUUCAGAUGAAGACUCGCAGGCCACGGUAUAGCUGUAGCUUGCCCUGUGGCCCGGCUGCAGUGGGGCCUGUAUCUGUAGUUCCUUGCUGAGUAACAAGCAGUAACAUACAUGUUUGUAUAUCUGCAUUUACAUAUUGUACCCCAGAGCUAAGACAGAUAACAAGUAGCUUUUUGGUUAUUGUUGUGGGUGGUGAUUGUGUUUAAUAUGAUGUCUCAUCUGUCUCUUUAUUUAAGACCUUGACCCUUUGCCUUUGAGUGGCCAUUGCUGGCUGUGGUCACUAAACUCAAAGUUCCUCUCCCCCUGUGGGAGUGGACAUUUGAGAUCGAUAGUAGUUCUUUGUUUUCAAUGCCUUUCCAUCAUCCUAAAAGCUGCCUCCAGAAUAAUCCAGGGCUUUCUGUCCCUGCCUUUUUUUUUUAAUCAUUUUUUAAUUUAUAUUUUUAAUUCAUUUUAUAGAUAGAAAGAAAAACCGAAUGGGAAAGGGGAGACACCUGCAGCAUCACUUCACUGUGAAGCUUUCUUUCUGCAGGUGUGGACUGGGAGCUUGAACCAACCUGGUCCUUUUAUGCUCUACCAAGACAUGUAAGCUCUACCAAGUGCACCAUCCCUAGCCCCUAUUCCUGCUUUUUUAUUUGACCUCGUUCUGUGCGCACAAGACCUCUUCUGGUCAGAGGGCACCGGUAGCCUCACAGUGUCACAGCUGGUCAAGUGUGAUUCCUAUUCCCAAAAGCUCUCAGAAGGAGGCUGUUGCUCUAAUUAGAAACAAUGGCAUACUUCCUCUAUGCCUGCACAAAUAUUGUUUAGAAUGAAAAUCUGUUUGGUGGAUUUAAGAGGAAAGUGAGUAGUUGGGAAUCAGUACCUGAUGCUCAACUGCUCUUUCUCAGUGCCACUCUGAUCCAGGUGGGGUCAGCACGUCUUAUACUUGCUGCUCCUCCUCCUCUAACAAAUAGCAGCUGAGAGACUUUAUGACAUUAUCACUACUAGCUGGUAUGAGGGGGUAGAGUGCCAGGUAAGGGGCACCCCGCAUGUGGAUGGGAGUCUUGGCUCUGCUGUCAUGUGGAUGUCAGUUAUUGUCGCACAUGUCUGUAAUUACAAGAUUUUAUUCCUAUUUAAUGUUAUUGACUAUAGCAUAUUUUUAAAAUCAGUGUUUUUCCAUGUGAUCCUCUUCCCUUGCAUCCCUAUUACUCACCCCCACCCUUUACCCCCCAAUUAGGAGAAGAACCAGCAUUUGUAAAGCUGUGGACACCAUCAGGGAAGCUUGUUGUCAUGGCUCUUGAAGGCUAGUAACCAUUGUUGUGGUUGUGUUUUGUAUUGCUUGAUACCAUGAAAGUGUAAAUACUGUAAUGCCUAACCUAUUUAUCAAAACUGACUACUUUACUAAGGCCCAGAAACCUUGGGCUAAGUUCUACGUGAAUUUGUUUUGUGAAGAAGGGGAGCUGGGAAACCAACAGCUGCCAUAUCGAAUGGUCCACAUCCUGGGAACUUUCAUCACUGCAGUUGUAUUGUGAGGUGUUUGUUGUUGUUUGUUUUUGUUUUUUGUUUGCUAGCAGGAAAAGCUCUCUGUGUUACCAUGCUGCAUGGCCAGUAGAUCUUUAUUUUACAGAGGACAAUUAGAUCCCCUAGCCCCAUGCUGCUGUUCUUAAAUCAUGGUAGAAAGUGGUAAGAAAAGCAGUUGGCAGGCCCUUCUGCCUAGUCCUAGCGAAUAACACUAAAUUCUUACCCAGAAAAAUGACUUCUGUUGAAUUUGGUUUGAAAAUUUUCAGCCAAACGAAAAGCCUGAGGCGCAAAGCAAUACCCUCACUCUAGGAGGUUGUGCUUCUUAGGUGUCACUGAUCCAGUUGAGCCUUAGAUGGCAGUGGUCAUUCCUGUCUCCUGUGUCUGUGCAGCUGGCUCUGCUUCACCACACUGAGAUGUCUUUGGCAGCAUUAUUGUAUCACUACCACCCUCUCAACUCCUGGAAAGUAAACUUCAAAGCUUAUUCUGGCAAGAACACUUCAGAACCACUGCAUUGUUUUGCCAAGAUCUUACUGCAGAUUAAGUGAAGACCUUAGAUUUUCAAUUGCAUUUAAUUUUGUAUGUUUAUUAUGUCUUUUUUAAAAAACAUGUAUUUGAAGCAUAAUUGCUUUAGAAACACAUGGGUUAAGUAUUUUCAUCCCUUUACCUGGUAAGCCCACAUGGUGGACAGCCCUUAGUCCCUUCUCUUUGUAUUUUGCUCUGCAACUGUAAUUUCUCUGCUUAAAAAAAUGGGGGGAAACUGAUCAAAACAUCCCAGAGAUUUGCAGUGUCCUAGCUCUCUGGUUGAGCAGAAGGACCAAAUAACAAAAGUCUGCAAGGCAUCAGUAAUUUGUAAGUAAGAUCCCAUCAACUUAACUUGGACCAGGCAUCUAUCUUCCCUUGGCAUGGGCAAUAAAUACUUGCCUUGCCGUGGGCAUCACACAUCCAGAGCCCUUCUGCCUUCUUGGAGCCCCUUCUUAGCUUUAUUGGGAGCUUUUCAGUCUGCUGGUCUGAGGGAUACUCUGCAGGCAUUUGCAUAUGCAGGGAAGCCCUUGUAACCAUACCUCCUCCCUGUAAUAAAGUUCUUGCCCCUCCUUUUCUGUUGGUAUCAACUUUCUGUCCAAGGAGGAGAAGAAAAACAGGAGGUGGGGAAGAAAGAGAGCAGCCUGACGGGAGGCCCACUGAGUCUAGUAUUUUCUGGACAGCCUGGGAGACUCACCCCUUCUUGAGUUGAGUGGACUAGCAAAUAUUUAUCUGCUUCCCACAUUUAAGCACACAUCUGAAGGGGAAGAGUAUAGGGGCCUGGGUGACUGCAUUUCCCAUGUACAUGGGCAUGCAUUGCUGGGACUGUAGCUGCCAGACCUUAUUUGGUCAACAGAGUGCUUAACAUUUAUGGAGGUAAAUGUCUGCAGGCAGGGCAUUCACUCUCCAAUUUUAAUGGUGACCACCUGCCCACAUCUUCACAUUUAUGUUGGAAAUCAUGAUGUGAAAAGGACAGAGUAUGAGGACAGUAGAUGGUGACCGUAUUACAGAAGAGGGAGCCAGGGAGGGCAGGGCGACCUCAGUAUUGGGUGUGAUUAAAAAUAAAUAAAUAACAUGGUUUACAAAAUAAUAGUAAGUAUCUCUAGUUAGUCUCACUCUCAAUUUGGGAAUUCAGUUUAGAUUCACUGGUGCAGAAUCUGUCUUAAAAGGAUUCAGAUGUUAACAUUUUGUUAAUUUUCUUGUGCUUGAUCAAGGCAAGUGGCUAGACCAGCUGGAAUGAAGCAUCACGGGUCCCAAUGGUUUCCCAUUUUCAUGGUAACAAAUUCACAUACAGGAGUUGCUUUAUACUGUAGAAUACUGAUUUUCAUGAUGACAAUUCAGUUUAUGCAUGAAUAUUGCAGUAUUUUCCAUAUAGUAAAAUAGCAUUUCUACCCAGGAUAAUGGUCACAGUUUUCCAGGGAGGGAAUGAUGUAAUUUUCAUGACAAUGUCAUGCGAUGAUAGAAUUUCUCCAUUGAUGAAUCUCUAGUAUGUGUGUAUACUUUGUUUACCCAUGUGUUUAUUUUAUGACCGUGAACUAAGUUGUUAUGUCUUUAAUUCAUGUCCCUGCUGAAAUACUGGUAUUAGCAGCUUAGACUUGAAGAUGGCAACCAUAAUCUUCCAUAUUACUGAUGUCAUUAAAGUGGCCAGACCAGAUAGAAGGUGAGCUGUGGCACAAGCCUUGCUUUAGAACCCAUCUGGCCCUAGUAGAAGAGAGGCAACAUCCUGCAGGUAGCUGUGGUGCUUGGGGUGGACACUGAGAUGGAGGCACCCACGCCCAGAGGAAGCUGUGGCUUGGAAGCCCCAUGUGUGUAUACUCCCAAGCCACACUUACUGGGCACCAUGGUAGUGACUGGAUAUGUCCCUGACCAUCUGCACGAUCCACUUCUCCUGGGAACCAGCCCUGGGUUUAGAGAAGAGCGACAGCUCUCACGUGCCACAUGCGUUGCUCUCCAUCCCGUUAAGAUCUGGACUCCAAAUAGGCUAUUUCCCACCCUCCAUCACUCCCACAGGCACAGCCAGAGUAGUGCAAAAAGAAUGCACAGUUUGGCCAGUGUUCGCCUUCGCCUAUGGACUCCUAGAGCCCAUUAGUGCAAGGAAGUAAGUUCACCUGCAUUCCUGUCCUUUCAGGUUGUUCUCGACUGUGCCUCUUUGUCACUCCUCAUUAAGUACCACCCAGCACCUCCAGCCUUGCUCUGUGUGUGUUUGCAGGCACUGAGGACACCCUUCCCGAUGUUGCCAUCUUACUGACACUUCAAGUUUUAAUGCCCUUUUUUGUUUCUUUGCAACAAUCUUUGACCCAUUAAUAAACUUCUGACUGUUCUUAAAACAGUAGAGAUGCCUCUAUUUUCCUUGUUUUUUUUUUUUUUUUUUUUUUUUUUUGUGACUGACUCUGACUAUAUACCCUUCUGGAAUUUUGUUUGCUCGUUUUUAUUUUACAUACCGAGGGUAUCUGGGGUGGGGUUGUUUUUUGAGAUGUGUACUUUAUGGAGUUUUUAAAAAGAAUUUUCAUAUUGUUUUUCUAACAUGGCUUCAUUAAACGUUUAAGUAUUUUAAAAAUAUGUAAUAUUUGGACCAGAUGUUGUGAAUAAUAGUAGAGAUAAAGCUAUUUUAUUCUGUAUUUUUAAAACUGUCCCGUACAAAUAAAAGCUCUCCUGGACACAGUG